AUGUUUGCAGAAAAAGUCACACCUCACCGUGGACGUGUCAUUAUGAAUCUGUACAAGGAGGAAGAAGUUGGAAUGGAUGCUAGACAUAAAAUGGCGCCACCAUUAUAUAGUUGCCACAAGGUUACGAUGGCAGACAACCAGGAAGUGGACGUCGACUCUGUCAUUGAGAGAUUAUUAGAAGUGAGAGGUAGUAGGCCUGGUAAACAAGUACAACUCGCUGAACAUGAAAUCCGAUAUCUAUGUACAAAAUCACGUGAAAUAUUCAUAAACCAACCAAUCCUACUCGAACUGGAGGCCCCAAUAAAGAUUUGUGGGGACAUCCAUGGACAAUAUUACGAUCUGCUACGACUCUUUGAAUAUGGAGGCUUCCCUCCCGAAGCAAACUAUUUGUUUUUGGGAGAUUACGUUGACCGAGGGAAACAAUCACUGGAAACAAUUUGUCUGUUACUGGCAUACAAGAUCAAAUAUCCCGAAAACUUUUUUGUUUUACGAGGAAACCACGAAUGUGCUAGUAUCAAUCGAAUCUAUGGAUUCUAUGACGAAUGUAAACGGCGGUACAACAUUAAACUAUGGAAAACCUUUACAGAUUGCUUCAAUUGUCUACCUAUCGCUGCCAUCAUUGAUGAAAAAAUCUUUACAAUGCAUGGUGGUUUAUCACCCGAUCUACAGAGUAUGGAGCAAAUCAGACGAGUCAUGCGACCGACAGAUGUACCAGAUACAGGUCUCUUGUGUGAUUUAUUGUGGUCUGAUCCAGACAAGGAUAUCGCCGGAUGGUCUGAAAAUGACCGAGGUGUAUCAUUCACCUUUGGUCCAGAUGUCGUGACAAGAUUCUUGCAAAAACAUGACUUGGAUUUGAUUUGUCGAGCUCAUCAAGUGGUUGAAGAUGGAUAUGAGUUCUUUGCUAAACGACAGUUGGUGACGCUCUUCUCAGCUCCCAAUUAUUGUGGAGAGUUUGAUAAUGCAGGUGCCAUGAUGAGUGUAGAUGAGACGCUUAUGUGCUCCUUCCAGAUCCUAAAGCCAGCAGAAAAGAAGCAAAAGUAUGCAUACGGCGGUAUGAACUCUGGCAGGCCAGUCACACCUCCACGAAACAAGAAGAAGAAGGAUAUGGCCAAAACCAUGUAG